UCAUGUGGUUGACCACUUAAAGUGAUGAAUCUCCAUCAAAGUACUCCAAUAAAAUCUCUAGUUGUUUCUUUAGAAGUUUGAAGAGCCAAAAAAUAAUAAUAAUAAUUAAAGAUCAUAUUAUUAUUAUUGUUGUUGUUAUUAUUCAUGUAUGGGUAAUUUCAAGAAAAUUUGUGUAUUUUGUGGAAGCAAUUCAGGAAAUAGAAAAAUAUUCAGUGAUGCUGCUCUUGAUCUUGGAAGAGAAUUGGUUGAGAGAAAAAUUGAUCUUGUUUAUGGAGGAGGAAGUAUUGGACUUAUGGGAUUGGUUUCUCAAGCUGUUUUUGAUGGUGGAUGUAAUGUUAUUGGAAUUAUCCCAAGAGCUCUUGUUUCAGUAGAGAUAUCAGGCCAUGCAGUGGGAGAAGUGUUAAUAGUUUCAGAUAUGCAUGAAAGAAAAGCUGAAAUGGCUACUAGAGCUGAUGCUUUUGUUGCACUUCCUGGUAAAAACCCUAAUUUAGUGGGCCAAAUUGGGCACCACAUCAGCCAAAAAAUGACUUUCACGCGCCUUCACGGAGGUGCAAUACGCGCACCUGGCCAACUCAGCAAAAGAUGUCAAAAUGACACUUUAUGUCCCGCCCCUAGUUACAAGUUUUAUGACUUAUAUUAUUCCUUUUUUUGUUUGCUGUCACUUUUGCAGGAUUAUGUGCCAACACACAAUCAAGUAGCACCAAGCAGAAGUUGGAACACUGAUGAACCUGUGACAAGAAGUUCAUAACUUUCUGAACUGAAUCUGUCAUAUUACUCAAGUGUGAAGAUUGAUUGCAUUUUCCAUUGUUUUGACAAAAAACUUUGUAGUUUUACCACUCACACGAAAAUUCCAAGUGAAAAAGGAACACAAAAAAGAAAAAGAUAGUUUGGUUUUGGGUAGCAAGAGAUUUUGUAAAUUUGGUAAAAAGAACAUUUGAUUUGUUUAGAAAUGGAAUGAGAUUGCUUCAGCAA